UAUAUAUAUAUAUAUCUUUCCAUCAUCAAAUAUUUUCAUUUAUUUAGAGAAUUUCGAAAUGCUUUUUAUGAAAUUCUUCAUUAUAAUAAUUGUCAAUGUCUUCUUUUAUCAUCUAAAUAUAAUAUGCGCACAUCACUUAGUAAAUCUACUUAUUCAAUAAAUACAAAAUUUACACCACAACCACAAUCACGACAAGCGAGUUUUAUACCGUAUUUAAAUCCACUACAACGUAAUGGUUAUCUUUCUAAUGAAAUGUAUUCACCUAAAAUAUUAAAUACAUCGAAAAAAAGUGAAAGUACUGAUACAUUUGAAAUGAAAACAUUAGCAAAUCAACAUUCAACACUUGAAGCUUUUCGUGAACUUGAACAUCUUGUACCGAAUUCUAUUCCUGAUAGAGUAUCCAUUGCUGAAAUGAGUUCAUUACUUUAUGAUCAAGAUGAUAUAACCAUUGAAAUACCAGCUAAUGGAAAAUCAACAAUUACAUUACAAACAAAUCAUUCUUGA